UUCCUGUCCCGCUUGGUGGCGGUACAGAUUUAUUUUUCUGGUGAUCUGUGUAUCUGUGCAGUCGAGGAAGCCAAGAUGGCAGCCAUCAUGAAGGGAACUGUAGCGGUAGAAGAUGUGAACGUCACCUUUGAAGACCAGCAGAGGAUCAAUAAAUUCGCCAGGAACACAAGUCGGAUGAACGAGCUGAAAAAUGAAAUCGAGGCGAAGAAAAAAUCGCUGCAGAACCUUCAGGAUGCCAGCGACGACCUAAUGAUGUUAGACGACGACUCUCUUUUGAUCCCGUACCAAAUUGGCGACGUCUUUGUCAGUCACACCCAGGAAGAGACUCAAGAGAUGCUGGAGGCUGCCAAGGAAACACUGGAGCAGGAGGUCAAAGGCCUCGAUGCCCGAGUGUCGGCGAUACUGCAAGUUUUGGGGGAUCUGAAGAUCCAGCUCUAUGCCAAGUUUGGUACCAACAUUAACCUGGAGGCCGAUGAAAGCUAAGCUGGGAAUUGGACAUUUGAAAGCUGCCCCAACUCGGACUUUUUCAUGCAGCUCCUGUAUCACAUCCACGAGCCGAACAAAACAUCCCCAGGACUCCGCAUGAACGGCUUCUACGUGUAGCGUCUGGCUUUUGUUGUUUGAUUCUUUAGUUUGCAAUCAAAAUCACAAGGACACCAACAGUUAAGGUAUGGAGGUCAAAUAAAUGCACAUCAUUUGUUACUUAUUGUAAUCGUCCUGUAUUUAAUGAUCAUGUUUUUUUUUUAUCUGCUGAUCAAACUUAAGUAAAAAAUGAGAAACAAAA